UGAUGACGUUAUUUCCGUGUGUCGCCAGGAAGUAACGUCAUUUCGAGCCCACGUGUUUCUCCAGCUGGUUGGUUGUACUAGUAGCUGUGGAAUUCAGUUUGUGAAAGUACAGUUCGUAACGGGAGGUGAGAACCCUUCAAUUAAACGAUUCAGAAAUUAUUCAGCUGUACAGGCUUUGUUGAUAUCGUAAUAAUGUUAAAUAAUAUGAAAGAAGAGAUGAUCAAGCAGCCAGUGAGCAGACUGUGCUUCCGCAGCAAGGUGGCGCUGGCCCCGAUGGUGAGAGUGGGCACUCUACCGAUGAGGCUUCUGGCUCUGGACUAUGGAGCUGACAUCGUGUACUGUGAGGAACUAAUUGAUAUCAAAAUGCAGCAGUGCAGGAGGGUCGUCAACGAGGUGCUUGAGACCGUGGAUUUCGUAGCGCCUGAAGAGAGGGUAAUGUUCCGUACCUGCGAAAGAGAAAAGGAUCACGUGGUCUUCCAGAUGGGCACUGCUGACCCAGAGAGAGCCUUAGCAGUUGCAAAGCUAGUUGAGAAUGAUGUAGCUGCAAUUGAUGUCAACAUGGGUUGCCCUAAAGAAUAUUCAACCAAGGGUGGCAUGGGAGCGGCACUGUUAUCAGACCCCGACAGGAUUGAGAGGAUUCUGAGAACCCUUGUCAAAGGAGUUUCAAAGCCAGUGACCUGUAAAAUUCGAAUCCUGCCUUCGCUUGAAGAUACUAUAAGACUUGUCCAGCGGAUUGAACGGACUGGAGUGGCAGCGAUUGCAGUUCAUGGAAGGCAAAAGGAGGAGAGACCCCAGCAUCCUGUCCACUGUGAUGUCAUCAAAGCGGUCGCUGAGGCAGUUUCUAUUCCUGUUAUAGCAAACGGGGGAUCUCAAGACUGCAUUAAAGUGCAUUCGGAUAUCGAAGCCUUCCGAGCAGCUACCGGCGCGUCUGCGGUGAUGCUGGCGAGAGCGGCCAUGUGGAACCCCUCCAUCUUCAGGAGAGACGGCCCCCUGCCUCUGGAGCAGGUCAUCGGAGAAUACAUCCGAUACGCUAUCCGCUACGAUAACCACACCUUCAACACCAAGUACUGCCUCUGCCAGAUGCUAAGGGAGAAGCUGGAAUCACCACAGGGCAAGAAGCUGCACUCUGCACAGUCCCACAGAGAAAUCUGCGAGGCCUUUGAUUCAGUAGAGUACUACAAGGAAACCACCGCCAUGCUGGAGGCUCGGUCAGCAGCCGAAGCCAGGAGGCACCACACAGACGACCAGCUCGAGGAUACAGAUGUGACCACAAUGACAGUCCGCUUUGACAGACGAGACUACCCUCCUCAAAUCACACCCAAAAUGUUUUUACUGGAGUGGAACCGAAGCGAGCAGCUCCCACAGCCUGUGUAUGAAACUGUACAAAGACCUCUGGACAGAUUUUUUCGUUCCACGGUAACAGUUGCAAACAAGAAAUACAGAUCCACAGCCUGGGAUAAAUCGAAGAAGCUGGCUGAGCAAACCGCAGCUAUCGUCUGUCUCAGGACCCUGGGGCUUCCAGAGGGGAGGAUCGGCGAGGAGGAGAGCAACCUAGUGAAGAAGCGCAAGAGAGAGGAAAAAACGGAGUGCAGCGGAUCUGCUGAGAGCGCAGAAGAGUCUGGGCAUGCGGCGAAUAAAAGAAACCAUGUGCUGAGUACCCCUGAGUCAGAGGUGCCCCGAUAGGAGACUGCCUGUCUCUCUACAGUAUACAGUACAGAGGGGACUGCCUGGAUCAGCCUGGACUCUACAGCGUACAGACAGAGGGCACUGCCUCCUGGAUAAUGAGUUGCCUCACACUGCUGCUUUAAUGAGGGAUUUUGAGGGUUUUAUCUAUAGUCUGCAGAAUAUAUCAUGUAUUUGUAUUAUUAUUGUUUAAAAAUCUGAAGGCGAUGGUCUGCA